CUAAUGACUAUACAUUAUUCGGUAGUAUGGUGUGGUACAUGCCCCAUUGAUACUCAAAUUCUAGCAAUAAAGCAUGGGCAUUUUAGUUGCUCCAGACCCAACCAAGCCAACCAAGAUAUUCAGUUUCCAGAGACACACAAUUCCCCACUUCACUACUACUUCACUUCCCAAAUCUCUGUCAAACCAAUGGCCAAGGUCGAGCUUCGAGAACUGGGCAACACAGGCCUCAAGCUCAGCUGCGUCGGCUUCGGGGCUUCCCCUCUCGGCAACGUCUUCGGCCCUGUCUCUGACGAAGAAGCCAUCGGCUCCGUUCGCGAAGCCUUUCGCCGAGGCAUCAACUUCUUCGACACCUCUCCGUACUAUGGAGGGACAUUGUCGGAGAAGGUGCUUGGUAAGACACUAAAGGCUCUGGGAGUUCCGAGGAGUGAGUAUAUUGUGGCAACAAAGUGCGGACGAUAUGCUGAAGGUUUUGAUUUUAGUGCUGAUAGAGUGACUAAGAGCAUUGAUGAGAGCUUGGAAAGGUUGCAGCUAGAUUAUGUGGAUAUAUUGCAAUGCCAUGACAUUGAAUUUGGGAAUCUCGAUCAGAUUGUCAAUGAGACAAUUCCGGCUCUACAGAAACUGAAAGAAGCAGGGAAAAUUCGUUUCAUUGGUAUCACGGGACUUCCUUUAGGAAUUUUCACAUAUGUUCUUGACCGGGUGCCACCUGGCACCGUGGACGUUGUUCUGUCAUAUUGCCAUUACAGUAUUAAUGAUUCAUCACUGGAGGAUCUACUGCCUUACCUUAAGAGCAAAGGUGUUGGCGUAGUUAGUGCAUCUCCACUGGCAAUGGGGCUUCUCACCGAGCGUGGUCCUCCAGAAUGGCAUCCAGCAUCUCCUGAACUCAAGUCUGCCUGUCAAGCUGCUGCUUUUUAUUGUAAAGAGAGAGGGAAGAACAUAUCAAAGUUAGCUAUGCAGUACAGCUUGUCAAAUAAGGAUAUCGCAUCAGUGCUGGUUGGCAUGAACUCCAUUAAACAGGUCGAGGAGAAUGUCGCUGCUGCUGUGGAGCUUUCAACUGUUGGGAAAGAUGAGCAAACCAUAUCAGAGGUUGAAGCUAUUCUGAAACCUGUCAAGAAUCAGACUUGGCCGAGUGGAAUCCAGCAGAGCUGACAAUUGUAUUGUUCCAGCUUGCAUGUAACUAUUUGAGUUGUACUUCUACACUUUUCAGUUGCCUGGAUUUGCCCUAUUGGCACGAUAUUAAUAUGCUUUCGGAGCCUGACUAAAAGUUUGGAGUGAAUCAAUAAAUUUGUUGUAUUUCCA